CUGGUUGGUUUAGAUUGUUUUACACUGUUCUUCUGCUUCUUUUACUGAGCUGCAUAUUUGAGAAGAAGAGGGGAUUUAUAUGCUUGUUUGUGUUGUUUUUAUGAUUCCAAUCUUCAUGUUGUGAAUAUGAAGAAUGGUGCGUCUUGCUUGUUCGAAACGAAGGUUGAUUUUGGUGUAGUCUUGCCUAAGGGAAUAUCGGUAGAAGUAGAUUCGUUCUUCUCCAUCUAUAAGAAACACCUCUUGUUCCCAUUUAGUCACCUUUCGUCCAUCUUCUGGUUGUGAAUAUGAAGAAUGGUGAUUCUUGCUUGUUCAAAAUGAAGGUUGAUUUUUGUGUGGUCGUGUCGAAGGGAAUAUCGGUAGAAGUAGAUUCGUUCUUCUCAAUCUAUAAGAACCGCUCUUGUUCCAGUUUAGUAGAAGAAGAAAUCUCGAGUCCAAUCAACGCUCAGAUAUAUGAUUUUUGUGAUUCCGAGUUGUUCUCAGAGAUGCUUCAAAACUCCGAGGAGUUCAAUUCUUACUCGAAUUGUUAUUACGACAAUAAUUCAUCAUAUGCUACAAAUCUGCCUCAUUCCCCAGAUCAGGCAGAUAACAAUGGCAAUGAAAAUGGCAAUACAGUCGUCGCUGCUCCAUCGUUCGUACCGGCUAACGAUGCAUCGGCUACGACGAACAUUACGACCAACAGUAAUUUGACUACUAUCUUUGAUUGCCAAGAAGAACUUGACAAUGAUAUCUCUGCUUCCAUAGACUUCUCUCCAUCGGAUUCGUUUUCGAUCGCUCAAUAUCUCACCAUCCAGUCGGGGCAGUUCGACGUUUCUCAAGUGCAGUCUCAGAUGCCAUUACUAGAUCCCAUGAUUGAUGGGCUUCUGCAGUGUCCUAUGGCUCCAGGAACUUUCAUCGACGAAGAUCUACCUUCGAUUUACGUCGACGAUUGCUUGUCUUCCUUCACUUCCUACAUGCCAUUGAAUCCUUCCUCCCCUUCGUGCUCGUUCGUCGGAGCAACCAUGCCAACUUACCUGCCUACGCCACCAAUGAACCUCACUGUGUCAUCGUCGUCGGUCGAAAAUUGCGGUAUGUUCCCGCUCCUCAGCGCAGAAUUGCAACCACAAGACCUUGACUAUCAAGGAGACAACUGUGGACUCUACAGCCAAGACUAUAUGCAGGGGACUUUCAAUCCAGCAGACCUUCAGAAGGUACUUAGCGAUGAGAAUCUGCAACUGGCUGCUGGGGCAAUGAACUGCACUUCAUUAGCAUCAGAUCUCUCAAGCUUGAAGGACAGUACUUUCAAAGUUGGCAAACUCUCUGUGGAAGAGAGGAAGCAGAAGAUUCAUAGGUACAUGAAGAAAAGAAAUGAGAGGAACUUCAGCAAGAAAAUCAAGUACGCCUGCCGAAAAACGCUAGCAGAUAGCCGCCCACGGGUUCGGGGACGGUUCGCCAAGAACGACGAAUUGACGGAGAAUCACAGGGCUGCUUGUAGCAUCCAUGAAGGAGAAGAAGAAGAGGUAGUUGUGAAGGAAGAAGAUAGCAUGGUUGAUUCUUCAGACAUAUUUGCUCAUAUCAGUGGAGUGAACUCGUUGAAACGCAGCUAUCCAAUCCAGUCUUGGAUUUGAUUUUA